GUGAAGCCAGUUGCUAUAAGAGCCAGCUCCGACUUUCUUUAAUUUCUUGCUUCAUAUCCACUAGCUACAUCUGUUGCCAAGUUAAUUUCAGUCCUAAUGGGGUUUCAUCUCCCACUCAUCUUUGCUAUUCUCAGUCUAGCAGCGGUUGCACUGGCAAACCAUGCUGCUCAACCAGCACCUCAACUUUACUGGAACUCCGUCCUGCCAAACACACAGAUGCCAAGAUCUAUCAGUGAACUUCUGCAUCCUGACUCCACAAAUGAAGAAAAGAGCACAAAUAUCGUGAAUGCUGUUGGGGAUGGAAAGAACAAACGAAGUUACAGUCUAAGGAAUUAUGGAAAACGUCCUCCUCCAUCUGUUGGGGAUGGAAAGAGCAAACGAAAUUACAGUCUAACAAAUUAUAGAAAACCUCCUCCUGCAUCUGUUGGGGAUGGAAAGAGCAAACGAAAUUACAGUCUAAGAAAUUAUAGAAAACCUCCUCCUGCAUCUGACGAGGGCAAACCUGAAAUUUUCCCAUCGAACAAAAAACAUUACAGUCUAAGAAAUUAUAGAAAACCUCCUCCUGCAUCUGACGAGGGCAAACCUGAAAAUAUCCCAUUGAGAAAUUCAGGUUACCAACGAAAAAAUUAUGGAGGACGUCCUCCUGCAUCUGACGAGGGCAAACCUGACAGUCAACUACUCCAUUAUAGAGACUUGGCUAUUUUCUUCUUCGAGAAGGACAUGCGCCCUGGCGCAACAAUGCAGUUCCAAUUCCCUAGAAAUUCAAACACGGCUACUUUCCUGCCACGUGAAAGUGCUCAAUCGAUCCCCUUCUCCUCUAACAAACUACCAGAAAUUUUCAACCAUUUUUCAGUGAAGCCAACAUCUGUGGAAGCCAAAACAAUUAAGCAAACAAUCGAAGAGUGUGAAGCUCCAGGCCUUAAGGGAGAGGAAAAAUAUUGCGCCACAUCUUUAGAAUCAAUGGUUGAUUUUAGCACUUCGAAGCUUGGAACAAGAAACGUUGAAGCAAUCUCGACGGAGGUAUUGGAAAGAGGAGCCACCAUGUCCAUGCACAACUAUACGACAAUGCCGGGACUGAAGAAGUUGGCAGGUGACAAAGUCGUUGUGUGUCAUAAGGAGAACUAUCCCUAUGCUGUGUUUUUCUGCCAUGCAAUAAAACAAACAGAAGCUUAUGUUCUCUCCCUGAAAGCCGAUGAUGGGAUGAAGGUUAAAGCAGUAACCAUCUGCCAUCUAGACACAUCAGAAUGGGACCCAGAGCAUAUGUCCUUCCAAAUCCUCAACGUUAAGCCCGGAACCACUCCCAUCUGCCAUUUCAUUUCCACUGAUGCUAUUGCCUGGGUUCCAAAACACAAAUCUGCAUGAUCAUCACUUAGCACUGUACGUAUAAUAAGCUUGGUCGGGUUGCACCCUAGGCCUGCAUAAUUAUCUCCCUACUUAUUUCUGCCUCUUCAUCAUGUGGUGUAAGAUAUAUGAUGAGAUGAAGUUUUCUCUUGUAACUAUGUAGACUACUUCAACUUGUACUCAUAAUAAAGCAUGCUGUUGGGGGGUUCUACUUAAUUUCGUUCUCUCCAAUGUUUGAGU